AUGACUGUUAUAAAGAAAGUGUUCUUUAGAUGGAAAGAAGAACACAUAAUAGAAAAUCAACUGAGUACCAGAGUUGCUGUCACGCCAAGACCAGCUUGCGGUAUGAUGAUCUUCACAGAGAAAUGUUUGAUGAGAAAACGCUUGUACGCGAGCAACUUAGAUGUCUAUGACGUAAUUACUAAGGCUGGUAGUAGUGACUUAGGUGAUACUUUGGACAAUAGUAUUUAG